AUGACGAGUCGCACACCAGGCCCGUCCAGGUUGGACACGAGGGGCCCUGCUGAAGAUGCCAUCUAUGUAGAAAGCGGCCCCAAUACGACUGUUGUCGAGGCGUGGGGCGAGGGAAUGCACGUUGGCGCUCUCGCCUUCGUCAUUCUCAUUGUGCUUUGCAAUUAUCGCAAACAUAUCCUUCUGCACAAGCUCAUUCUUCUCGAGCUCCUUCUCGCCAUACUGCACGGCUUUUACAUCUUUUUCCCAGACGAUACUUCAUCAUGGGUCUUGAGCGGCACAGCAGUACUACUGUACAUCUCGUACACUAUACACAAUGUCGUCGCCUGGAUCAAGAUCAAACCUUUCCUCCCGCGCUGGGGGGGCCUACUAUUCAUCAUGACGCUCAUGCUCGUCCAGCCAUUUUGGGUGCUGGAGAUGUGGGCCAACUUUGCCUUCUUCAACGACCUCGGCCCCAAGGCCAUCUUCAGGACGACUCGAUGCCUGGAGUCGCUGAUGAGGGACCCGUGGUGGAUAUACACGACGGUGAAGCUGGUGCGCGUCAUCAACAAUAACUACGGUUAUAGUCUCUUUGGCCUGGUGCACAUCAGCCCGCGCUUCGCUAUACUCAUCAUGUGCAUGUUUGUGUCCAUCAUCUUUGUUGUUGUCGACACGAUAGUGUCUGUCACGGAGAGGAGUACAUUCGAGAGUGGCGUCAAUCCAUUCUGGCGGCUCGCGCUAGUUUUCAAGUGUGCCUCCGACGCCUUCUUCCUAGACGACUUCAAGAGUGUGCUCGACCGUAUAGCUACGUCUGCGAUGCAGGGCAUAGCUAACGUCCCCUCCGGGUCGAUGGGCGGCGUCAAAGACGAUAGUGCCGUGAGAGGACCCUUUCGCAGAGGUCAUCGGCAUCUCAGCUCUUUGGGUGGCAUGAGGAGACAGGGCGUCAUUACAAAUCACCAAUAUAACACGGGCCACGGCGCUAGGGUGGAACAUGUAUCUCUGCGGGGCGACAGCAUGGAUGAGGAGGCUGCCAUCGUGGGUCCGUCGCCGCCGCAGGUGCAUAGCCGGGACAUGUGGAUGACACCUCGCUUUAGCACACACUGCCACUUCGAUGAUGACGCUGACGUUAGCGGUGCUAGACCGCCGGGUCAGAUCCUCGCUGAGACGACCAUUACCAUCUCGGAGGAU